GAGGACAUGAAUAAGGGGAAAAAAAAUCAUACACGUGACACUUUGUUGCGAGCACUAAAGGACGGCAUUCAAGCCCUUGGUGUGUCCAAUUUAACUUUUUCGCGACACAUAGUUUGCCGUGAUGAGCAUUGCAAAGCAAUCGUUGAUUUUCUUAACGAGCCCGUGCACCAUACAAUGCAACUAUUUGGCAUGCCUGGGACCGGCAAAACUGCGACCAUUCACUACGCUCUUGCGCAGUUAGCCACUCAAGGGUUUGGAAAGCCGACGGCAGUUUUCCUUAACGGGUACGUUAUACAAAAAAGCACCGAUAUUUACUGGACUUUAUUUUGUCACCUCAUGCAAACGCGUCUUGGUUACAUUGAAAAGUGCCCGGUUGAUCAGUGUUCUUCCCUUGUUGAAAAGCGAUUUCGAGUUGGUUGGGGUUCCCCCCCUUCUAUGUGUGUCAUUGUGAUUGAUGAAGUCGACAAGGUACUUGAAAAGCAUGCAAAGGCUCUUUUUAAGGUCAUCGACUGGCUCAGUUUACCUUUUGCGUGUUGUAAACUUAUCACCAUAUCCAAUUCAAUGGAUUUAGCAGUGGAUGCAAAGACGAAAAGUCGAUUAGAUAUCACUAAGCAACUUGUCUUUCUUCCAUAUGGCAUUCACGAACUCAAGGAGAUAUUAGUGUCGCGCUUGAGUGGUAUCGAACCGAAACUUUUUUCAGAUCAAGCCAUAAACUUGCUAUGUCAUCAAACCGCAUCUCAUUAUGGCGAUGGUAGAAGAUUGCUUCAGUCCGCCUCAGCAGCAGUGUGUCGUGUGGUUAUGAAGAUUGAGGAAAAUAAUUUUUCAUACGUUCCUGCAGAGGCAGUUAUCACUGUAAAGGAGGUUUACGGUGUAGUGCGCCAAGUUUUUCAAGACCGAUUUGUCGAAUUUAUCAAGACUAUCCGAACGCCUAUUCUUUUUAUAGUUGUAUGUGUGUUGGCUAAAGAAACCGAACGGACACAUGGCCACUUUAGUCAGGAUAACGGCCGCCUCCUCCUCGAACGCUUGUUUGUUGUGAUUCGUCAGCUACAUACGACAUAUGGAGGAUCACAUGUCAGCUUAAACCGUGCAUCAUUUUUGGAAUUAAUAGUGCUGCUCCAACAGGUUUCCUUGAUAGACCUAUCAUCUGGGGAUGAUCAGAUCCCUAUAUAUGCUUUAGACACUCUUCUAGAUAGCUCUAAUGAUGACGUCUUUGUUUCUUUGUUACAGCCUUUUCAAGCGGUCAUUGAUGCUUGUCGUCUGCACGAUCAUUUUGGAGCCCCAAUUGCUUCCUACAUUUUGUAG